GCGCGUGAGCUGCACCAGAGAAGUACAAACUCGUGCAAGGAAGGAAUCGACGAAGUGAGAUCGGAGUCUCCGAUUCGGAGAGAGUGCUGAAGUCGUGAAAUUCUAACACAGAGAGAGAGAGAGAGAGCAAUGGAGGAAGAGCUGAAAGAGGUCUUGAACGAGCUCAAUUCUCUGAAGCAAUCGCUCACUGAUCCUUCUUAUCGAGCUCCAAUUGACAAGAUACAAUUGCAUGUAGAACGUCUAGCAAAUCUUGGAAACUCUGGACUUGUUCGGCGUUCUAAAGUGAAGGAUAUGAGCGCUGAGGUUGUAGAUAGCAAUCCUUACAGUAGGCUUAUGGCUCUUCAGAGGAUGGGCAUUGUGGAGAACUAUGAAAGAAUACGGGAGUUCUCGGUUGCCAUUGUUGGAGUAGGUGGUGUGGGAAGUGUGGCAGCUGAAAUGCUAACAAGAUGUGGUAUAGGUCGACUUUUGCUGUAUGAUUAUGACAAAGUGGAGCUGGCUAACAUGAACAGGCUAUUUUUUCGUCCAGAGCAGGUUAAUAUGACAAAGACAGAUGCUGCUGUACAGACUCUUUCUGACAUAAAUCCUGAUGUUGUGCUCGAGAGCUAUACGCUGAACAUCACGACAGUGCAAGGUUUUGAUACAUUUAUGUCAAGUUUGAAAGAUAAAUCAUUUCGCCCUAAUAAAGAAGGUAACGGAGUGGAUCUUGUACUUAGCUGUGUGGAUAACUAUGAAGCGAGGAUGGCUGUUAACCAGGCUUGCAACGAACUGAACCAGACAUGGAUGGAGUCUGGUGUAUCUGAAGAUGCUGUGUCGGGUCAUAUUCAGUUGUUGAUUCCAGGCGAAACAGCCUGUUUUGCAUGUGCACCUCCUUUGGUUGUGGCAUCUGGAGUAGAUGAGCGUACACUUAAGCGUGAAGGGGUUUGUGCUGCAUCUUUACCUACCACAAUGGGAGUUAUUGCUGGGCUUCUAGUCCAAAACACACUUAAAUUUUUGCUGAACUUUGGACAGGUCUCCCCGUACUUGGGAUACAAUUCUCUUAAAGACUUCUUCCCAACCAUGGAAAUGAAACCCAAUCCUCAAUGUUCAAAUGGAGCUUGUAUGCAACGGCAGAAAGAGUACUUAAUUCUAAAGCCAGCUAGGGAUGCUGCAGCUAAAGCAAAAAUGGAAGCUGAAGCAUCAUUGGUUGUUGAAGCUCCACUUCAUCUUGAUAAUGAAUGGAGUAUAAGCGUUGUCGAUGAAAGUAAGGUGGAUAAGGUGGACAUCAAAACUUCAGAUGCUCUUCCGGAUGGUCUUACUAGGGAGCUUCCAAGUGCAGAUGAGUAUAAAACACAGCCUAAUGAUGCCCCAGCUUCUACUAUUGAUGACUUAGAAGAUCUUCGAAAGCAGCUCGAAGCUCUUAACAGUUAAUUCUGCUUACAAACCCAGGCACUCUUGUCAGCCCCAACUUUCAGUACAAGAUAGAUAGGGGUACAGUUUAAGCCAACCUUAGUUUUUUUUCUUUUAAUUUAUUUUACUUUCAUUCUACAGAAGAACUCGUACAAAACAAUUGUGAAAAAGUAGUAAGUAAGAAGUCAAAUGUUAAACUCUUGAAUGAAAAUUUUCAUUAAAAAUGCAGUCUUGAAAUCCACGUCAGCAAAGCA